UUUGUUAUUUUUGUAGUAAGAUGCUAGCUAUAUAAUUGCUGGCAACUAGUCAAUGAUUUUAGUUCUAUUGCGUCGCAUAAGCGUUAAGAAGUGUUUUGAUCACAAAAUGAGCGUGAAAUUAUUUUUAUUAUUAGCUGUGCUACUCACAAUUCAGUUCACAGCCUUUGCACACCCCGUGGCAGAUGACAAGGAUUCGAUAGGAAUCGCUGAUGUUAAGCCAGCAAAAAAUGAGAGCAUUAUACCGAACACACCAGGUGUGCAAGCAUUCCAAAAAGCUGUGUUAGACCAUUUAGUAAAAACGUUCGUGAAUGAAGAGGACGACCCAUCAGGUGUCUACAGUGCGCAGCAAUCAUCAUCGGAAAUAGAUCUGCCUUGCACAAAUGAUACUGUUAGAAUAUCUGUGAUUAGCAGCAGUUUUCUUUUACCUGAGCGGUUCUUCCAUGCACCAAAGAGAUGUUCUGAGGAAGUGCAGUGAGGGGAAGCAAUCAAAAUAAAAAUAAUAAUAAAUGCAAUAUUGAAAUUAAAAAAAAAAAAUAUUUUAAAAAUAAAUAAUUUGUAAUUAAUUAGGAACAACUAAGUUCAACUUUUAAAAAAUGUCGUAAAUGAACGCUGAAGUUUGAAAAAUGUUAAUAACCACGCCUACUUUCCAUAUAACACAAUUUUAAAUUUCAUCUAAUUUUAUUGCAUUGGAGUUCUAAAAUGGCCGAAAUUGUACCAUCUCUUUUCAAGAUACCAGAUACCGAAUAAAGGCACGUAAUUUCGGUUAAUCUCUCAGCUCUCUUCUAGCUCCCGCAUACCUAUAAUAGGGAAUUUUAAACUUUUGGUUUGCUCUUAAAGCAAAUCGGGUAAUUUGUGAGCUACCUUAGCAAAAUUAAGUGAACGUAUAUAUAUAAAUU